AUGCGAUUGAUAUCCUCUCUCGUGCUCGCUGGCCUCCUCCUGCAAGUCUACUCUCAAUCUGAUGCUGUCACGUCGAGCGGAACAACGGAGACGACUGAACCGGCGACAUCAACCGGCGCAGAUUAUGCCACCAGUGGAACCACAUAUGCUGACGAAUCCGCCACGUUGACUAUCACCGCAACCACAGACUACGCUACGGUUGCAGACCUGUCGAGUUUAUUUGCAACCUCAAACAGCACCUCAGCGUCCUCGAGUACCGGCCCUAAUAAUGGCACAACGACAUCGUCUGCCACCGAAACUGUAUUGGUGGGGACUUCCAAAACAACCACUACCCUGAACGGGACGACAACCACCAACCAAACAGCUUCAAGCACCUCGUCUUCAGCGCAACCCACAAAUACCGUUCCCUGUAAUGGCCAUCCUUCAUUUUGCAACCGGAAGUUCAGCAACAUCACUCACAUUGCAGCGCACAACAGCCCAUUCAUACGUCCGGGGAAUCUCGCCUCCAACCAAAUGCUGGACGUCGAGACUCAACUCAACGACGGUAUUCGAAUGCUCCAGUUCCAAGCUCAUCUCCAAAAUGGGACUAUGUAUCUCUGCCACACGUCUUGUGAACUUCUCAACGCUGGCACUCUACAAGACUACCUCACGACGGUAACGAAAUGGCUUCGCAACCACCCUUACGACGUCAUCGCCAUCCUCAUGGGGAACUACGACGUCGUCGCGCCUCAGAAUUUCACUGCACCAGUGGUCAAUUCGGGUUUAAUCGAUUUUGUCUACACUCCUCCAACGUCGCCCAUGCCCCUCGACUCGUGGCCCACCUUAGCCGAAAUGAUCUUCAAAAAUGAACGAGCAGUCGUCAUGCUCGACUACCAAGCCAAUCAGACUGCCAUUCCAUGGCUGCUCGAUGAAUUCUCGCAAAUGUGGGAAACGCCAUUCUCUCCAACCGACAGAAAUUUCCCAUGCACACCCCAACGACCUCCGAAUCAAGGACGAAAUACCCGUCAGGAUAGAAUGUACAUGACAAAUCACAACUUAAAUCUGGAGGUCGACAUCGCGGGUAUCAGUAUCGAUGUGCCCUUUUUUACAUUGCUCAAUGAAACGAAUGCGGUGAAUGGGUUCGGCUCCGCCGGGUGGGCGGUGGAUAACUGUACGACGAUGUGGAACCGGGCGCCGAACUUCUUACUGGUGGAUUAUUAUAACAUUGGAAACUUCAAUGGCAGUGUGUUUCAGGUCGCGGCGGAUGCAAACGGCGUGAGCUACAAUCGGGCCAGUUGUUGCGGGACGGCAGGGACAACGAAUGCGGCCGUCACCGCCACGGUGGACGUGCGGCGCUAUCUUUUGGUGGCGGGGGUGCUUUGUUCGUUUCUGAUAUUGUAA